GCAAACAAUCACACGUAACGAGCUGGUUGUGCAAUUCAGUGCGCCUGUUGUUGUGCACUUGUUAUACAGUGUUCUGUUCACGUGGACCAUGCUGGACGUGGAGUUGCUGCAGAGACUGCCCUACUCGGACCAUCUUCUUCACCUGGUCAAGCGGUGUGAGGAAUGGCUACCAAGAAGCCUCACGGGCCGGGCCGUUCUGGUCGGGACUGUCGCGGGGGUGGCGGUCUAUCUGGUAACCAAGAAGAGGUACAAGCUACCCCCGGGGCCCAGAGGCUGGCCCCUACUGGGGAACAUCCUAGAGUUCAGGGAGACCACCAUCUUUGACAAACUGACAGAAUGGCAGACAAAAUACGGACCCAUUAUCACACUCAAUUUGGGCCCCGUAAGCGCGGUUACACUCAAUAGAAUAGACGUUGUCUUGGAAGCUUUGGUGAAACGACAGGCGGACUUUGCAGGGAGGCCACAGUCGUACUCUUCGGACUUGUUCAGUGACGGAGGACGCAGUAUCUCCUUGGGAGACUACAGCCCUACGUGGAAACUGCACAGGAAAUUAGCUACAAAGGCUCUGAAGCACUAUAUGACAGGCAACCGACUGGAGCUGGCGUUAGAACGGUCCCUUUCCAAAGGCAUACAGCUGUUGAAGGAGAAGAAAGGGCCAUUCAACCCACACGCCAUCAUAUCUCUGAUCGUUUUCAACAUCAUCAACAAUAUCUGCUAUAAUGAGACUUGCGAAAUCAACGACACGUACUUCAAGCGUAUGGCAAAUGUGUUGGACACUGCUUCGAAUGGAGUCGGCAACGGCUUCCUAGAGGAUAUCUUCCCUCCUCUCCGACUCUGUCCCACAAAGAAGAUGAGAGUCAUGAUACAACUCGUGGAGGACUUCUUUGGCUGCCAGCGUGAAGGGUUAAGGAAACACAAGCAAACGCUAUCACAAGGUACAAUCCGUGACUUUUGUGAUGCACUGUUGGUGGCCCAGGAGGAGGCCCGUGAAGAGGAAGACCCCGCUCUCAUGGCACAGAUGUCGGACAGACACAUUAUUCAGACAUUAGGGGACAUAUUUGCAGCUGGAAUGGAUACGUCCCGCUUCACCCUACUGUGGACACUGUUGUAUCUGGCUAUGCACCCAGAUACCCAGGCCAAGGUGCACCAGGAGAUAGACAAGGCCCUAGGUGCUCGACUCUUUCCCAAGGUUUCAGAUAGGAGUAGUCUCCCCUUCACUGAGGCCGUGCUGCACGAGAGUAUGAGACUCAACACGGUGGUUCCGCUUGGCGUGCCACACACGACCUUGUGUGAUACACACAUUGGUAACUACGAAAUCCCUAAAGGAACCAUGGUCCUUAUUAACCACUACGCCCUUCAUCAUGACCCGGAACAAUGGCGUGACCCGGAAGUAUUCAGACCGGAAAGGUUUCUGGACCAGACAGGCAAGAUGGCGCCUAAACCAGAGAGUUGGCUUCCGUUCUCCGCCGGAAGAAGAGUGUGUCUCGGAGAGAGCGUUGCCAAACCUGAGCUUCACCUCUUGUUGGCUGGAAUUAUGAGACAUUUCAAAAUUUCUCUCCCGCCUGGUACCAAACUGAACUUUGAACAAAGAGGGGGGUCCUUUGUCAACAUUCCCAAUGACUAUGAAAUUACCGUUGAAGCAAGGAUGUAGGUUUACUCUGCCUCGUGUGUGGCUACAGCAUCUUACUUUUGAAUCAACAUAGCUCAAAAGGUUGCACGUACAGGCCUCUAAACCAGUUCACUACUCAUAAAAGGAAAUAAAAAAUUGCCUGUAUCAUAAGCAGGUGGCUUUAAAUUCUAUAAAAUCAGUAUUUUGAAUGCAGGACCUUUUGUGGGUAACUAAGUAAUCAACCCCACCCCCCACAUGGACUUGUGGAAUUAAUUUUAGGUUACGACUCGUUUGUCCUUGACCUACCACAAAUACGACUAUAUCACUUAGACUGUACUUUUGCAUACUGACGACAAUACCUCAUGGCCAUAGUUCAGUCAGCAGUUCUACGAACAUGGAUAUCUUUCAAUCAGUUCACGACUUUAUUCUUAAAAGCAACAGAUUUGACUAUAUAUUUCAUUUGUGCAACUGUUCAUGCUGUCUUGAACAAUGUAUACUAACCAGGCGUGUCAACUCAUUACCCGGAGAGCUAUUUACAUAAGCAAAUUUUGCUUUUUUCACCGAUCCAGAUUUCUUUGGAAAUAAAAAUAUGUUUAAUCCAUGCUGGAAUAAUGUCAGCCUUAUUUUGCGUUGUGCAGAUGUUCACUUAAACCUUUGUCUGUAAAUAAAGAAGCUUUUUUCACUUU